UCCCCCAACAGGCGUCCGCGCCCGCCCGCCCCACCAGUGCCGGCGGCCUUGCGUUCGUAGGCCCGCCCCAGGGGUCCGGCUGGGCCGCAACGCCCGCAGUCCCCCCGCUCAGUGAUAUUUAUGCGCAUCUGCCAGUCCCAUGCCCGUGCGCCGGUGGCGCUUGGUGGCUGGUGGGGCGCCCGCCCUUCCUUGGUAGGGUAGGCUGGUAGACCCAGUGCGGCGCGGGGGCGUCUAUCUUAGUCGUGCGUGGCCGCAGCCGGAUUAUGAGUGAGCUCUUUCAUCGCUAGCGCAGCUCUGUUUCCUCUCUCCGACUCCGGGGCAGCUAAGAAGCUGUGCCGCGGUAGUUGUAGGAGUUUUUUGUAAGAAGAAGCGCUGGCGGUGGCGUCGUCGGAUUCUUGUUCUGCGCGUCGGAAUUGCUUGUGGAGAAAGAAAAAGGAAAAGCGAGUAGACCACUGGCGGCCCCGACCUCAAUGGCAGCGAUGUCUGAGUUGUUUUGCGACGCCAGUAGAGUGUCGGUGUGAGUGUGAGACCGCUGCAUCUGCAUGAUGAUGAUCAUGAUCAAUAAAGAGCGUUCGCACAUAACUAAUAUAGUAAAGAUCUUCGCUUUUGAACUUGAAGCUGAGGUGACAUGGCAUAGGAAGUUGGGUCUUUACCAUAUAUCAUGGCGUUCGGUCCUUUCAUACAAAAGCAUAACUACAGAGAGCGAAAUCGGAGAUCUGGGGCCAUUUUUAAGCCUGCUGCUAAAAGGCGACCCCAAACACACGUUCUAGUCAGUGAGAUGAUCAAGGUUGCCUGUGCACAGGCGAGAAGGAAGCCCAUGUAGCAGCUGGAAGAAACUACAGAGCAACCCUAAAAAUGCGUCCUAGACAACCUGACAUAGUUGUGCAACGCAGGCGCAGCUGCACUUGCCUAAAUCCUUAAACCUAGAAUUUUGUUGCUUUCAUGUCAUUACAGCUUCGCUAUGGCUGCGUGCGCUACAGGAGCCACCCUGUAGUGGUAUGUAAAGAGAUUGAAAUUGAUUGUGAGCGCAACCCUCUCUGGGUUGCAAGUGUUCUUCAUAGAGUACGAAUAUAGAAGAUGAUGCGAUGCCUCUACAGCCAGAGAAGCCAAAUCAAAAGUGUGGCGCCAAGCCGUGCGUGUGUCAGCUAAUUCCAGAUCAUCGAGCGAAGCAGAUCUCCGCCUCGUGUUGAUCGUAAGCUGUGAGCCAUGGGCAUUACGGUUACCACAGUUACCAACGAUCGCAAGGCCAGACUUAGGUCUCUCCUCCUCUUGGAAGCUAAUAAUGGCAGGAAUAAACUAAAAGCAAAAGCUACAUGAACGCGUUCCUCUGCACCCGCCCCGCUCUUUAUUUUCAAAAUCAACUUAAAACGAGAAUCAGAUGAACAAUCCCAACUUAUCAUAAGAUAUGGUCGGAACGAAGCGAUACAGGAGGUGAACCUACUUUUAAUCCUCGAGGCCGCACAAAAUCCGUAGCGCCAUAUAUUUUUUCAACUUCCAACCCAGCAGUAGUCUUGAUCUUGUAUGCCCUCGCUCCGUGAAUAGUUGUAAUUCAUCAUAUUUGUCUCUCGACAAAAAGCAAGGAUUCUCAUUACCUGCUCCAUCCUGUGGAAAUCUGUUGUCGGACACGUCAGCGACACCCAAAGAGCCGCGGGCCGGGGCCAAGCGCUGUUCCGCGGUAUGCCCGCUUCUGGCCAGCACCAGUCCACAUCUUCCUGCGAGGAGACGAUGCGUAGUCGCAUUUCGGGCGCUUUGAAGGAGAAGUUGACUCGCGGAUCUUGGUCCGCACGACGCAGAGAUGUCGGCGGGCCAAAUGGAGCCACCUGCAGUGCGGUCAAGGGCUCAGACGGUGCUGCGCAUGUUGAUCCAGGUUCCUCGUCGGGAGAUGUUGCCUCGGCGCCGUCGAAAACAAGCGCGCGAUCUGAAGAAGAAGCGAUAUCAGUUCAUGAUGAUUCUGUUUCUGGUAGAAGUACCACAACGUCCUCAGUGUUGCAGGGCUGGUGGAGCUCCCUUGUCGGUUCUGAGACGUGGAAGAACCCUCUAGUUGUACCCGCAGCCCGGGAAGAUAAGUCGUCUUCACCCACUGCUUCUACCACGUCGAGUUUUUUUCUGAGCAAAAAUGGCGAGCUGCGAUGGUGGUACGACGCUAUUACGAGCGGGACCACGGGAUUGCGUGCCCGCGUCGAGGAACGGGUCGAGGAAAUGUACGGCAGGGAGCUCGCGCAAGUGCGGUUUUUUUUCAGCGUCUUCGAAAAAGAGCUUUCGCGCUCCGAGCAAGCCAGGCGGACCUUCCAAGAAAUAAAACUCCACACCAGGAGUGCGAGUGGCGCACCAGCACCACCAGAAUCUACUUCUACCUCCUCGGCAAGAAAGUCGAGCGACCCAGUUGUAUCGUCGGGACACGAAAAAAAUGCCAGAGAAGACACGAAAAAAAGAACAGGACAAAUUGCUUCUAAUGCGUCCUCUAGUGACGAAGCACUCAGCACCGCGAAGUCGCGGCCCGGCUCGCCCGACAAAGAAGAUGCGGAUGGCAGCGACGCAGCGAAAACGUCCAGUAGUGCGGUCGACAUCCAGCCGCUGAUGAAUUUGGCUAUGCUUACCGCCGCAGAGCGGUAUUUGGCCACGUCAGCGGCAAAACGGGGAUCGCAAAAAACCAGUCGUGAAGAUGUGAAGGAUCUGGAGUUUCUCGAGCGCGCUGCCAGAUACAUGAAGUGCGCGCACCUGACCUACAAACUGUCUCCCACAGAGAUGAAUGCGAAUGGCGACGAGAUGAACAAAUCCCAGCUGGAGGGCGGGACGAGCGUGGAAGGCAACGGAAAAUCACAAGCACAAGAGGACACAAUUUCAAUGACAACUCAAAACCUGGCAGCUAUAAUUCCACCUGAAGAUGAUGAACCGGGUGGUGGCCAUACUAGCUUGACUUCCGCAACGGUCCCGACCUUCGACCGAGUCCUCUUUUCACGGCGAGAAAAGGACGACAGCCAGAUCGGGCAGAAGAAAUUUGCUCGGCCGCAGAUCGUGGUGGGCACGGACGAGUCCCGAAGCGCGAUUGUGGUUGCGAUCCGCGGAACCGCAACUCUGGACGACGUGAUGACGGAUUUGAUGGUUGACACCCGCACGGUUUUCGUGCCCGACUUGCAGAAUUCGGCCCUCACUUUCCACGAAGGUAUGUUCAAUUCCGCGGUUUACGUCUUGGAGGAAGCGCACGCGACGGUGGAGCGGGAGCUCGGGGACCACGGCGCAGCUGGUGCGCAAAACUUGGACAGGUACAACCGCGUCGUCUUCUGCGGCCACUCCCUGGGAGGCGGCGUAGCGCAGAUCGCAGCGCUUCUCCUGUCACAGCUGCGCCGCGGCGUGGAGAGCUGGAACGAUGUGCAGAUCGAGUGCUGGUCCUUUGCGGGCCCGCCGGUAGCACGGAAAAUGGCGAUCGAUCAUGGAACUGGAACCUCGCAAGCUGAUGCUUUUGUGCCCGAGACGCUAGACGAAGUAUUUGCCGGUAGCAGCAUUCUCGACAACUACAAAAGCGACAAGAGUUCUGCUCGGAGAACAGAUGAUUCUAAAAACUACAGAAAUUAUGGCAGGACUGCUGAUUGUGAGGACGCUAGCAGUAGCACGACUCCCCCGUCCGGCAACGUGAUUGACUUUUCCGCGAUCAAAAAUCUGGAGUCUUACCCCUUCGUCAUGGAACACGACUUGGUGGCGUUUUUGAGUGUGGGGUCCAUCAUGCGGCUGUUGCUCACCCUCCAGCGCAUCGAGGCCCUACAGUGGACCUUCCUCGAGAAGAUUCAGUUUAUCCUGCAGGCGGAGUGCAGUUCGCGACUCGAGGAGGAUGCAAUGCUCAUGCGGCUGUCUGACGCUGUGGACGACGCCCGACGGCUGCAAGCCAUGUGGCGCAACGGGACGUCCGCCGGUGGUAGUCACGAGGACGGGGAGGCCGAGAAUCAUGAUUCGAGAGCGAAGGGGAGCUCACCAGCAGAGGCCAGAUCCGCAGCACCGCCAGGGCAUCAAGAGCGUCUCUAUAAUCCCGCGUCGCUGGUCGCGCCGCCGCCGGAGAAGAGUCAGCUCUUCGUCAGGACGCAGAGCAGCGACGACUACAUGGAGUCGACGGCACGACAGCUGGCACAGACGAGCAUUUCCGUGCGGCAUGAUGCGAUGCAGCAUUUGGCAGCCGGGCGGGGCGGCAAGUACUUCUAUUACAUCUGCGAAAGCGGCACGGUGCAGGAGGUCGGAGACGUACCUCUCGGGUUCGAGCCGAUUCCCGUCGGCUGGCGCUACCACGUGGAGCAGGCUGAAGUGGGACUGCAGACCGUGCGCCAGCAUCUGGAUUCGCACCGGGCAAAAACCUACGAGAACGCGCUGCGAGAAGCUGCGGGACGCCUGCGCACACGGCAAGCGAUUGAUCGGCUAGAAGAAGGAGGGACAGUAGGUUCUUGUCCGGAAACGACGAGCAGUUGUCGGGUCGAAAAUGAGACGAAAGUUGUGGAUGGCAGAGACGAAGGACGUGGCGAUGAGCAAGUGCUCGCUGAAAAGCGCAAGACCGUUCCUACGCACCACCUAGGUGGCUGA